AUGGAUGCGCGUGAUAUGUGUCAUCAAGUACCAGCAACACCAUCACCUCGACGCACCAUCACCACCACCAUCUCCCUCGUCGCAUCCUCUUCCACUAACUUCACCACCAUCACCACCAUCACCACCACGACCAUCUCCCUCGUCGCAACCCCUUCCACUAACUUCCCCACCAUCACCACCACCACCACCACCAUCUCCCUCGUCGCUACCCCUUCAACUAACUUCACCACCAUCACCACCAUCACCACCACCACCAUCUCCCUCGUCGCAACCCCUUCCACUAACUUCCCCACCAUCACCACCAUCACCAUCACCACCAUCUCCCUCGUCGCUACCCCUUCCACUAACUUCACCACCAUCACCACCAUCACCAUCACCACCAUCUCCCUCGUCGCAUCCUCUUCCACUAACUUCCCCACCAUCACCACCAUCACCACCACCAUCUCCCUCGUCGCUACCCCUUCAACUAACUUCACCACCAUCACCACCAUCACCACCACCACCAUCUCCCUCGUCGCAACCCCUUCCACUAACUUCCCCACCAUCACCACCAUCACCAUCACCACCAUCUCCCUCGUCGCUACCCCUUCCACUAACUUCACCACCAUCACCACCAUCACCAUCAUCACCAUCUCCCUCGUCGCAUCCUCUUCCACUAACUUCACCACCAUCACCACCAUCACCACCACGACCAUCUCCCUCGUCGCAACCCCUUCCACUAACUUCCCCACCAUCACCACCACCACCACCACCACCAUCUCCCUCGUCGCAACCCCUUCCACUAACUUCCCCACCAUCACCACCACCACCGCCAUUAUCCACCUCCACAGCGGACCUGAGGCGAAAGAGGCAGUGGUCAGCGUUGUGGUCAGGAGUGCACAGGGGCCACCGCUUCAAGGGAUAGAGAAGGAUCGGCCGCCCACGGAUCCACGUAUCCACGUAUCCGCCCACGUAUCAUUAGGCUCACAAGAGAGCAUUCUUGACCUGACUUAA